AUCUUCCCUUCUUCUCUUUCUUUCCAUUUUUUCUCUCUCUGAAAACAAUUGGUGGCUUUGUAUCUGGUUCUUUGUGAAGUGUCACCAGCACUCAGACGACAACAAAAAGAGAAAUUCAAAAAAUAAAAAACAAAAGCAGCUGAACAUGAGUAAACCAUGAGCCCUCACCCAUCCCCCCCCACUUUGUUCCAUUUUCCAUACUAUAUGAGCUUGGAUUGAUUCUCUUCCACAUUUGCUAUAUAUGUGCAGAGACAUUUUCUCAGUGCUUACACUUGCUUCUCUGUUGUAUUUUGCUUGAUUUGAGGGUCAGAUAUAAAUUUUUCCUGGAAGGAAAUGACGAGACAGAAAAUUCAGAUCAAGAAGAUUGACAACACCGCGGCGAGGCAGGUGACUUUCUCGAAAAGGAGGAGAGGACUCUUCAAGAAAGCUCAUGAGCUUUCCACCCUUUGUGAUGCUGAGAUAGCUCUGGUAGUCUUCUCAGCGACUGGAAAGCUCUUUGAAUACUCCAGCACAAGUACGGGGCAGGUGAUUGAAAGGCGCAACCUGCAGUCAGAAAGGACUAACGGAUUGGACCGCGUUCCAUCUCUUGAGAUGCAGAUUGAGAGUAGCACGCAUGCCAUGUUGGGGAAGGAAAUAGCAGAAAAGAACCGGGAACUGAGACAUCUGAGGGGAGAGGAGCUCCAAGGGUUAAACUUAGAAGAACUAAAACACCUAGAGAAAUUACUAGAGGCAGGCCUGAGUCGAGUUACAGAAACAAAGGAUGAGCGAUUUUUGAAAGAAAUCAGCAACCUCAAGAGGAAGGGAGCAGAACUGAUGGAAGCAAACCAGCAAUUGAAACAGCAAAUCGGGAACUCAUCAAUGGACCAAGCAAUUGUACCUCAGCAAGGCCAACCAUCAGAGUCAGCUGCCCGUGUCUGGAUUUCCGCAGAUCCUCCUCAAGGCUAUAAUAACUCUGACAUUUCUCUCAGAUUGGGGUUACCUUUCCCUAACUGACCGUUGAAGGUUAGAGAGGAUCUUGAGAAGAAGUGGUCUUGGAUAAUCUUAUCAUUAAAAGCGUGUCCCAGUAAAUAUAGAUAUACACGACCUGCCUCGUGUUUGCACAACGUAUUAAUAUAUUUGUAGAGGCCAAGUUUAUUGAGUCAAAAGUAAUUUGUUCCUGGACAAAGUCGAUUACCAUAAACUGAGUUUUGAAUGCUUAGUUAAGUUUAUAAAUAGAUGUAAACAGAGUCAAAAGUGUACACAUAAAUUAAAGCUAGGGUUUGGAACACGUACAUCCGUUGAGUUUGUUUUGCAUAUCGGCAAAACUAGCACUCUGUAGCUGAAUGGAACUCUCUGAGCCUUAUUCCUGCAGGAGAAUGGAAUUACGUACCCUUCCCAGUCACCGCAAAGGAUUUGGUUGUAAAGUAUUCCAAAUCUCUUACCAUGUCUGUAGUAGUAGGAAAGUGCAAAUUAUUCUGUAAUUUAGUCAACGGCCUUUGAGGGACAUAUUUGACUACCUAGCAAAGGUUAGUAGAGUUAGAUCUCGACAUUCAUCUGGAAUGCAUGGAACAUCAUAUUUUUCUUUAUGAUCAAAUUAUUUAUAUCUUA